AUGAUGCAGGUGAGCACGGCGCAACCAAACACUCAACCUGCUCAUGCCGAGCUCGAUGCCGAACAGGCGCGCCUAUUCCAGUGCAGCACUUGCAAGCGCUCCUUUACCAGAGCAGACCACCUCACCCGACACGUGAGAGCGCACACAAAGUCCAAGCCGUACAUUUGCCCAGUCUGCUCCAAGGGCUUUGCCCGAAUAGACUUGCUCAAACGACAUGUAGCAAACCACGACACAGAACCCGCCAACAAGCGACAGAGGCGCGAAAUUUCUCGCGACACAAGAGUGGUUCAAGCCUGCGAGGCCUGUUCCCAGAGCCAUCUCCGAUGUGAGGAUGAGAAGCCAUGCAGUCGUUGCAAAAAGAAGAAGAUACCCUGCAAGGUACCCGAGUCGCUCGCUACCGACGAGAAUGAGAGUCAUGAAAUCGAUGCUGUCCAUGCCGCUCAAGACUUGCUCGAUUUAUCAAAUGGUUUUGAUUACCCCUCAUCGCUGCCUGGCCAAAGCGGGAAUGCCAACCCUCCGGCGUCUACAACCUCACAGACACCAGAGUCAUUCCACAAUUCUCAACACCUGUCCAUGGUGGACUCCAAUAGUACCAAAACUGACUCUGCUGGUUGCAGAAGCUCUGACACGAGCACGUCAGUCAUGAACACCAUGCAGCCGCCGCCCAACACCGGCAACGGGCUGGUUACAAUGAACCAUAACUUUGAAGAGCCCGAUCCUACAUCAGCAAUGUCCUUUUUUGAUAGCUCCAUCCCGCCCUUUGACAAUACGCCAGCACAGAAUCCGUUUCUACCAGAUUACUUCCGAAACAUGCCCCCGUUCGACGCCUUUCUUUCUGGCCAGGCUACUCCACGCGGUAUAUUGGAUCUGAGUUUUGACAUCGAUGUCGGCCUUACUGAUCUCGAUCUUGGACUGCUUGAUCAGUACAACUUCCAAGCCCCUUUUGCUGCCGACACACCGUCUACUGAUGCUCACGGUACCGAGCAUUCCCACCCAGAGACCGAUACGGCACCAGGGAGAGCAGAAGCUUUCAAGCAGAGCAUAUGGCGCUACCUUCCUCAGAGCUCUCGGAACCCUAGCGCAGAGCAAGUAAACCUGGCCUUUUCGGAUGCUGAGAGAGACAGCAGGCGCGCCCAUAUUGCACAACGCCGGGUUGUGGCGGAAAAACUUCCUCGUGUAAGCCGUGACCGCUUAAUGGUCUUGGUCUUGGGAACAUGCACUCCGGAGAACGUCAAGAAAAUUGCGUCGGCUUUUCCCAGCGUAGAGCUACUGGAUGGACUGAUCCAGUACUUCCUCACCUCGCCGUCCCUGGACGCCCUCACGUGGUUCCAUCUCCCAACCUUUUCUCCUUCGAAACUGAAUCCAGAAUUGCUCGCCAGUAUAGCAUCCGCUGGAGCUGCCACAAUUCCUGACUCUUCGUUGCGAAAACUUGGAUAUGCUUUGCACGAGGCUUCCAGGAUGGGCCAGUCUAGGUCUUUCGAAGAGGACAACACAGCAAUCAGAGACCUUCAACAUCUCCAGACCUUCCUUCUGCAGCUAGGAGUGGGUAUGUGGAGUGGUAUUAGCCGAAAGAUGGAGAUUGCAGAAAGUUUUACCCAGCCGUUGAUAACAAUGCUUCGGCGAGGCGCCCGCUUCCGCCGGUCGACAUGGAAGGAGAUCCGCCCAGAGCCAGACGAGCAAGGAUCUGCACUAGAAACCAAAUGGUUCAACUGGGUUCAGCAAGAAUCAUUCCUUCGCUUGGUCUAUCGUGCUUUCGAAUUUGAUCGACAAUCCUCCAUGGCAUUACUCAAGCCGCCACUAGUAUCUUAUGCCGAGAUGCAACUUCCGUUACCGAGCUCCAAUGCUCUUUGGCAGGCCAAGUCAGCAACAAGCUGGAAAGCAGCCUACUUGAACCUGCCGCCAAUGGCAGUCAACAAGCCGUCAGCCAUAGAAUGCUUUCUCAACCUAGGGCACCUCUCGCACCAUGAUCACGCUAGCCUUACGUACCUAUACAUGAUAUGGGGCGCGAUUUGGGAAUACCGCCAGAUGUGCACAGUGACAUCUCGGUCACAGGCCGUAUCGAACAACAGCCUCAUACUAUCUUCACGCUACCAAGAUCUAACGAAGCAGCUCGAUGAUUUUAGACUCAGCUGCCCACCCAUGAACAAGAGUGUUGAGAUGACUCUGGAGAUCAUGCUGGUUCAUCUCAACGCACCUUUGGAUGACAUUCAGCUUUUUGCAGGCAUCGAGGGGCAGGAAGAGGCGCGCAUCGCAUACGUUGGCCUACGAGACUGGACCAACACUCCUUCAGCACGUCAAGCGCUCUGGCACGCUGGUCAGGUUUUACGCGCCGCUGAAGUGUUGCCGAAGGCUUUAUUGAACAAUUUUAAUGCCAUUGCCGUAUACCAUGCCGGGCUGAUCCUGUGGUGCUAUGGAUUCCUCAAGCGGUCCAUUGCGCCAGAAUCAACACAAAUUGAUACCAUGGUUGUUCUAAACGGAGAUGAUUCUCUGAGCGCUCGUAAAUUCAUCACAUUGGAUCGGGGUAUACCAUCUAUACGAACAUAUGGUUCGCAUAGCCCAACCCAGCUAAAUGAUGUCUGCGGGGUCAUGGACAGCCUGGUACAUCUUCUACGGACACGUCACGAUGCCUCGGAACCGUGCCCACCACUUGUUGGGAACUUGGUGCAACUUUUGGAAGGUCUCCGUUCGGCAAUCAAAUAA